AUGGCGAGAGAGGGGUGGCGCCUCCUGCUGCACAACACCGAAGGCAGCGUCGCCCUCAGGGUGGUGACGGAGGGCAAGUCUGUGUACCCGAAGUGGAAUCCGGAUAUACAGGUCACCAUGAAGAAGUUCAACACCUUGGACACCUGGACGAGCCCGUGCGAGAGGCGGACCGGGUACUCGGACCGGGACUGCGAGCUGGGCUGUUUCGAGAGGGCCUUUUCGGAGGGAGGAGGGUGCUGGCUGCCCUUCAUGAGCCCGGGGAGUGCCGCCCCCUGCGCCUCCGCCGAAGAGUACAGCUUCAGUUUGGAAUUCGUGGAGACGCUGCUCUAUGGAGGGAAUUGGACAAGAGGCGGUUGCGAGUGCCCGAGCGCCUGUGAUGACGUCACCUACGAGUCUUACAGCGAUUCGAGGGAGAUCGAAGCAGACACCACCAGAAUCAGGAUAUUUUACAACGAUCUCACGUACCAAGAAGUGACAGAGGAGUGGGCUUACACGCUCAUACCUCUCAUGUGUGACAUAGGCGGCGUGCUGGGGUUACUGCUGGGAGCAAGUGUGUUGACAUUCAUUGAGGUGCUGCAGUGUGUUCUGGCCUGCUGUUCCCGGGGCUGCGCUAAUGCCAGGCAGGGGAGUGUCACAUCCCUUUCGCCUCACUAGCCAGCGUUGCUUUCUGCAGGCAGUUCCUCUCUCUCUCUCUAUCUAUCUAUAUAUAUUUAUAUUUAUACUUAUAUUUUUUUUUCUUUUUUUUUUCUUUCUUUCAUUUUUUUAUGUGUGCGCGUGUGCGCGCGCGUACGUGUACGUGUACGAGUGUUUACGUGCGCGUGUGUGUACGUGCGCGGUGCAGCUGUGUAGCGUUCUCGUAUCUUGCUGACUCGCGCUCAGAUCCGGGACUGCCAGUGGAUGGUAACCCCGGCCACUCCUCGCACACUAAGGGUAAUUUAGAAGCAGAAAUAAAAAGACCAAGUAACCAUUGUAACAAAUGGAUUGAAUUAAAUUUUUA